AUUAUUUAGUGGCCCACUACGGGGACAUGAGUGUACUCACAGAAAUUGUGUGGAGCUUCAAACUUCAAAUAGUCAUUGAUGUUAUAAUCAUCUACGGGGUACAUCUUCUGUACUUUCAUCGCAUAUGGAUAGUUGGAAAGGGCCGAUCUAGAGUCCUCCCUAUAGCGGUGGGCGUAAUUGUAACUUUAGGUUCAGGUGUUGCCAUCGCCCUUAUUUGGGCCAUCUAUCAGUGUCAUGUGUUCACGGAUCUGAUAAAAAUCGAGUGGUCGACAUUCAUGUCCUUGGGCACAGUUGCUUUCAUCGAUUUCGUUAUCGCAUCAUCGCUAUGCUAUCUCCUCGCUACUUCCCGUACUGGAUUCUCUAGCACCGAUUCCCUGAUCACAAAACUCAUGGCUUACAUUAUCAACACGGGCUGUCUGACGAGCGCGUGUUCACUGACAGCUAUGAUUACAUGCGCAGUGAUGCCGCACAACUUCAUUUUCCUCAGCGUUGAAUUUUUAAUGGCUAAAUUAUACGUCAACUCAUUCCUCGCACUUCUGAAUGCGCGAUCCUACUUGCAGCCCGCCGCCGAAACUGGUCAUUCUUCUGAAGUCCACAUACGCCACAGUGUCUAUCGUCCAGAGUUGAACGUUAUGGCGUCCCAAGAGGAGGAAUUCCAGGGAUCCCGGAAAAAUAUAUUUAAACAUCCUGACGAUGAUGUGAUGCAUCUUACUCGAUCUGCCACACCACAACGGCCCAUCGAGGUGACGGUAGAGAUGGAUUCCCACUCAUCAAUGUGAUGUAUCAAUACUAGUAUGUAUGUAUGUAUCAUGUGUCGUCCGCCUCUUCGCGAGAUGGGACUCGUCUUUAUUAGAUUAUCGCAGUGUCGGGACAGGAAUUUACAUAAUCCAUCAUGCUUCCAUUUGUGGGUUUCAUAUAUAUCACUGCUACCUAGAACCACAAGGAGCUACUACUUGGUUAUUCGGCAUACAUGAGUUUUCAUGCGCUUGGAUCAACGGGACUCUCGCACAUAUACCACUAGUGGACUUGCCAUCCGCCGCCCCGAUGUACAAAACCCUCCUCUACUUCGACGCUGUCCAAUUGCAAUGUCUCACGCCAUCAAGCCACCCGUAAAUUGCUAUAGACAAAGUUGGAGUUCUUGUGUGAUUGAAUACACCAAGGAAAAGUAUGCGACUAGUCAUCAUUGCAAGACGCUUCAUACUCUGAUAUCCUCAAUACUCCACUUGGGACGAAGGUCUAUUGUGUAGUCAUCAUAGUCACCAGCGAGGAAC